CGGUCAUUGGUCAAACGUCAGAGUACAACAGGAAGUGUAUUUGCCAUUCACAUGACUUGUGUUAACUGAAGUUGUGAUUCCAUCUCCCCAUUUAGGACUGCGCAACAAACAGGAUGGCAAGCAACAAAUUCCAGAUUGUGGUGCAAGGGGAAGCUUCUGAAACAGAUUCCGAUGACGAGGUUUACAUUACGUCCCUGACCCCAGUCCACCAGUCUACCUCUGGUCUGAAAGUUCCCGGGGAAGCAUCGGAGACGGACAGCGAAGGGGAAGUGGAGAAAGCUUGCAAGGUCGCGUAUGCUGUCAGCUCUGAAAAUGUGCAAUCAUUGCGGUCAGACUUACCUCCUCUCAUUGUGAUGAGAUCCACACCUGAGUUCGUACCAGUUCCCGAGAAAGACUCCUUGAUGAGGUCGGAAUUCAGCGGUCAAGAGUGCACUCUGCUGCAGCAGAAGCUUCAAGAAAGUAACGGGCGUCUCUGCGCCGAUGUGUCACAGACAUUUCGACAGGUUUACCAAAAUGCCACCAAGGACGUGCGUUUGGCCACGGCAAGUCUAAAUAACUCCCAAAGUGGCAUAAUCAACGCCUCUCACAACAUCCGUCUCAUUCUAGAGGAUCUUAAAUCUGUCUCUGAAAAGAUUGAAAUUAUUACGAGUUGUAACCUUCUUCCUGAUAUCACAAUACCUACAUCCAUACCAGGACAAUAGUGUGUGAUUUUCAAAAUGUAUAAAACUUAAUCUAGCGAGUCUAGAUCAAGUCUUAGUUGGCCUCUGAAUGAAAGUGCCAGACAAUUCCAAGUAGGCUACAAUGCGCAGGUGAUUUAAAUGUCAUCGAUCUGAUUGUUUACAAUUUAUAAAUCUUGCAUAGACCACCAUGCAUAUUUUGUUAUGCAUUUGCAGAACCAUCUAUGAGGGUAGCCUAUGCUGUGUGAAAUGUAUGUAUGUUAUCAAAUUAUUAUUCUUAUAAUCAUUUUUGUUAUUAUUUUCAUUUCAGUGUUGAACUAGCACUUAACAUGCUGUGAGUACUUGAUGGCAAUCCAAACACACUUUAUUUGUCUGUUUGCAAUUCUUGUAGGCUAAUAAACCUGAGAAUGUAUGCAGUCAGG